ACUCAACAGACGGCUAAAAAAAACGCAGAGGCUAUGCAGCCGCCGCCACAGCCAGAGUCCGGCCACCGACGGGCCUCAUCCACGUGCUGCACCGCGCCAAGGCGGAGCAUUGGGUGCAUGGCCGGCCUCCUCCGCCUCUUCUCGCCGUACCACCGCAGCCACCACCGGAAGCGCCUCACCGCCAAGAACGCCACGCAGGCUUCGGCGCCGCCGCCGCAGUCGCCCUCGCCGCCCAAGACGAAGGCGGAGGCCCCGCCUUCCCCUUCGCCUUCACCGUUGAAGCCGAUGCAGCAGCCGCAACAGCCGAGUGCGGCCCGGCGGCGGCGCUCCUGCGACGCGCCGCGGAGCCCGACGAUCGCGCCGGAGCACCGGCGUGCCAGCUGCGACAGCCCCCGUCCGCCUCCUCCAGCCAUCGUCGCGCGCCUCAUGGGCCUUGAGGAGUCCGCGCCGCCUUCGCCCGCCGCCGCAGCGCCACGGCCGCUCCCGACCCGUCCGCCUCCUCCCCCGCCUCCGGAGACGGCUGCGGAGAAGCGGCGGAAGCUGCUGGGCGCGCUGGAGAAGUGUGACGAUGACCUCAAGACGCUGCGGCGGAUCAUCGCGGCCGUCCGCGCCGCCGAGAUGCGCUCAGCUGCCGCGUCCGACGUCGUCCCGGUGGCAGGGACGCCAGGCAAGGGCGCCAACAGGUGGUUGGACGGCCACGAUGAACAAUCGCCGUCCCCGUCCCCGUCGCCGCCGCUGCAGCAGCAGCAGCACAAGCCUCGCACCGAGGAGCAGUACCCCAGCCCGGACUCGGUGCUGGACGCCAUCAGCUCCCCGAGAUUUCCAUGCAGGAAGCGGCCGUCUCCCUGCUCGAAUCUCGAUGCAGCUAGCAAGACCAGUUGCGGUAACGGAGACGUGGCCCCCACCGUCGGAUCGAAGAUCGUGAAGCCCUCCCGCACGUUUGUUUUCUCCGGCGACUACUGCAAGAUCAAAAACGGCAACGAGCUGCAGCUGCACGCCGUCGUCGGCGUGCACCACCACCCGGUGGCGGUCAUCGAGGCGGGCGCACCCGCGCGGCUGCCGAGGGCGGCCGGGGCGGACAGCCGUCAGCACCACCGGCGGCGGUGGGAGCUGGAGGCCGCCGCGGAGGGGCGGGUCGUCAGCCGCGCCAUGGUGGAGAGCGUGGGGGAGGUGUGGGGGCAGGGCGGCGCGGCCGAGCAGCGGUGGGAGUACAGCAGGGUCGCGUCCGCGCUGGAGCGCGCCAUUGUGCAGGACCUGGUGGCUGACAUCGUGGCCGAAUUGCUCGCGCAGUCCGGCCACAGCUCCGGGUGCAGAAAGAGAUUGUCCUUCUGAUGAUCGAGCGGGAUUUCUCGCGUCGCUUCCUCGGUUUUUCUUACGUGCGUCGCGUGUCGGCGUGUGUAAGUAGGAGUAGAACAGGGUCAAGGAGUGAGGUGUGAUGAACUAGUACGAGAGGAAUUAACUGCAGAUGAGCCAUGGAUGUCAGUAGUUGAUCGUUAACCCAGCCCAGCUAGCUACCCCCACCUGAUGAAGUGAUCGGUGAUCGCAGAAGUAUUGAAAGAACGGACUCGCUCUGGCGUCGUUGUAGGUCGAGUAAUCAAUAAAAGUGGUGGCAAGCAGCUGCCCAAGUACACGAACAAGGUCACUUGGAUUGAUUACUCAGUAAGCUUCACUCUGAUCUGAAGACUGGCCGGGGCCAAGUCCUGUAACUGAUGCCGACACAACCACCGCGAUGAAAGUGCAGCAGCAGUACAGUCUUUUUGUCUGGAUUUUGGGAAUUUUAAGCGAGGUCCUAAUUUCAUCACUUUUUUUUUUAAGGAAAUCCUAAUUUCCAUUACUUUUUAGAUCAGGUCUGAUUGUCUGAAAUUCGGAGGACAGAUUGCGAGAUGGGCAAGAACGAGAGGAUGCUUGGAAGUUAGUGCGCGCGCAGGGCAGGGGCUAGGCCAGCUGAUUGAAAAUCCUCUGUGCCUGCAGGGUAGGAUGCCGGCUAUGCUAGCCAGACAUCUGCUUCGUUCUCCGCCUAGCUGGGGCUUUCGCAAUAACAUUAAU